AUGCCGCUCCUAGCUGAUCUUUCAAAGAACAGAUUUACUGAAAUUCCUCCUGAUGUCUGGCUGUUUGCACCAUUGGAAACUUUAAAUUUGUAUCACAACUGCAUCAAAUCCAUUCCAGAAUCCAUUAAAAACCUGCAAAUGCUUACCUACCUUAACAUUAGUCGAAAUCUUUUAUCAACGUUGCCAAAAUACCUGUUUGAUCUUCCACUUAAAGUUCUGGUUGUCAGUAAUAAUAAACUGGUCUCCAUUCCAGAAGAAAUUGGAAAGUUGAGAGAUCUAAUGGAGUUGGAUAUUAGCUGCAAUGAACUUCAGGUUCUUCCCCAGCAGAUAGGAAAAUUGCAGUCACUUAGAGAAUUAAAUAUAAGAAGAAAUAAUCUCCAUAUGUUGCCAGAUGAAUUAGGAGACCUUCCCUUGGUAAAGCUGGAUUUUUCUUGUAAUAAAAUUACAGAAAUUCCAAUUUGUUACAGAAAGUUACGUCAUUUACAAGUUAUAGUUUUGGAUAACAAUCCAAUGCAGAUACCACCAGCACAGAUAUGUUUAAAGGGUAAAGUACAUAUAUUUAAAUUCCUCAGCAUUCAGGCAUGCCUCAGAAUAGAUAAAAAACCAGAUUCUUUGGAUCUUCCAUCAUUAGGUAAACGAAUCCCCUCCCAACCACUCACAGACAGCAUGGAGGACUUUUAUCCCAAUAAAAAUCAUGGACCAGACUCUGGCAUUGGAAGUGAUAAUGGGGAUAAAAGGUUGUCCACAACAGAACCAUCUGAUGAUGAUACAAUCAGCCUUCACUCCCAGGUAUCAGAAUCAACAAGGGAACAGACAUUAAGGAAUGACAAUCAUGUAAUGGGAAGUAAACUUGAUCCACAGAAAGACCAGGAGGUGUAUGAUUACAUUGAUCCGAAUGCAGAAGAGGGAGCUGUUCCUGAGCAAGGAGAUGUACAGAUUGGACCAUUGCUGUCUUAUAUCAAGGAACGGGGAAAACAUCCUGAGAAAUCCCGGAAAAUAGAACAGAGUGAGGACUGGGGAGAUGAAAAAAGACUUCAGAAAGAACAGCUGCUGGCUGAAGAUGAUGAUGAACUCAAAGAAGUGACUGACUUGAGAAAAAUAGCAGCUCAGUUACUGCAGCAAGAACAAAAACACAGGCUUCUUAAUCAUUCAGUUUCAGUAAGCACAAGGAACAGGCCAAAGCAACCAAUGGAAUCUGAAAAAUGUGUGUCAACAGAUGAAGUGAAUUCCUCAGUGUCCCCAUACAGCUGGCAGCCACUGGAAAACCAGAAGGAUUCAAUGGAUGAGCAGCAUUGGCCAGAAACACAGCCCGUGAUUUGGCAGAAUGAAGAAAGAAGGAGAAGUAAACAAAUAAGAAAAGAGUAUUUCAAGUAUAAGUCUUCCAGAAAGAAUUCAAGUGGAAAUGAAAAUGAUGAGCAAGACAGUGAUAAUACUAAUGUGUCCCCACAGUCUCCUGUGUCGUCUGAGGAUUAUGAAAGGACAGAUAGUAACACUCAUGGUCCAUUUGGUCUCAAGCCAAGGUCAGCUUUCAGCCGUGCAUCUCGCCAGGACUAUGGUGCAGUGGAUCCUGGAUUUACAAUGAGGAGGAAAAUGGAGCAUUUAAGGGAAGAAAGGGAACAAAUAAGACAGCUUCGCAAUAAUCUUGAAUCAAGGUUAAAAGUAAUUUUGCCAGAUGACAUUGGAGCAGCAUUGAUGGAUGGAGUAGUUCUUUGCCAUUUAGCCAAUCACAUAAGGCCACGUUCUGUUGCCAGCAUUCACGUACCAUCGCCAGCAGUGCCUAAACUCAGUAUGGCAAAGUGCCGAAGAAAUGUUGAAAACUUUCUUGAUGCUUGUAAAAAAUUGGGCGUUCCACAGGAGAGACUUUGCUUGCCUCAUCACAUUCUGGAGGAAAGAGGUCUGGUGAAGGUUGGCCUCACGGUUCAAGCUCUGCUUGAAUUGCCAGCGUUGAAAGUAUCUCAGCUUUCCUCCAUGUGA